AUGGAGCUUCAAUGGCCUUCUUUCCAGGUCCUGUUUACUUUUUCUCUAUUUAUGAUUAUGGCACUGAAAAUAGUGAAGAGAGGCAAAACCAAAGACUCCGCUAUAAAUCUACCUCCAGGGCCAUGGAAGCUACCUUUUAUAGGAAACAUACACCAGCUCGUUGGCUCUCAACCCCAUCGUGCACUACGAAGCUUGGCGAACAGAUAUGGACCGCUCAUGCAUCUAAGGCUGGGAGAAGUUUCGACCAUAGUUGUUUCGUCGGCGGAGUAUGCUAAAGAAGUGAUGAAAACCCAUGAUGUUAUGUUUGCAUCAAGGCCCCCUCUCCUUGCUUCAACGAUCAUGUCUUAUGGUUCUACAAACAUUGGCUUUGCUCCAUAUGGUGAUUACUGGCGACAACUACGAAAAAUUUGCACACUAGAGCUUUUAAGCCCAAAGCGUGUUCAAGGGUUCCGGCCUAUUAGAGAAGAAGAGGCAAUGAAUCUCAUGGAAUGGAUUGCUUUGAGAGAAGGAUCACCUAUUAAUCUCACUGAGGAAAUUUACUCAUCCACAUAUACUGUCACUUCCAGAGCAGCCUUUGGUAAAAAAAACAAAGAUCAUGAAAAAUUCAUAUAUGCUGUAAAGGAAUCUAUAAAGGUGGCAGCAGGCUUUGAUCUUGCAGAUGUUUUUCCUUCUGUCAAACUGCUUAAUCUGAUAGGUGGAAUUAGGCCUAAACUUGAGAGGCUACAUAAAGAAACUGACAGGAUAAUGGAAAACAUCAUCAAAGAACAUAAAAAAGAUAGAGCAACAUCAGAAAGUGGUGAAGGUAAAGCAGAGGAAGACCUGGUAGAUGUUCUCCUAAAAUUUCACGAGCGUGGCAAUGGCUUUGAGUUUUCCCUAACUACUGACAACAUCAAAGCUGUAAUCUUGGACAUUUUUGGUGCUGGGAGUGAGACAUCAGCUACAGCUGUAGAUUGGGCAAUGUCAGAAAUGAUAAAGAAUCCCAGAAUAAUGAAAAUAGCACAGGAUGAGGUGAGGGAAGUGUUCAAUACAAAAGGUCAGGUAGAUGAAACAGGCAUUAGAGAGAUGAAAUAUUUAAACUCAGUGAUUAAAGAGACCCUGAGGUUACAUCCUCCUGCUCCCCUCUUACUUCCAAGAGAAUGCAGAGAAAGUUGUGAGAUUAAUGGAUAUGAAAUACCUGUCAGAACCAAGGUCAUUGUCAAUGGAUGGGCAAUUGGUAGAGAUCCCAAUUACUGGACUGAACCUGAGAUAUUUUACCCAGAGAGGUUCCUUGAUAGCGCCAUUGACUACAAGGGAACGAACUUUGAGUAUAUCCCAUUUGGUUCUGGAAGGAGAAUAUGCCCUGGCAUAUCAUAUGGCCUGGCCAACGUUGAGCUCCCGCUUGCAUUUUUGUUAUACCAUUUUGAUUGGAAACUCCCAAAUGGAAAAAAUCAUGAAGAUCUGGACAUGACCGAGGCUUUUGGUAUUACAGUCCGAAGGAAAGAAGAUCUGCACUUGAUUCCCAUUCCUUAUCAUCCUCCGCCUACUGAAAAAUCGCAUGAAUAA